AUGGCGUCAUGCACCGCCCCCAUCUCCCCGGCCCAACCUGCUCUGCGCCAGGGGGGGAAGAAGAGCAGGAGUCUGCAGCCACCUGGACGCCUCGGCUUCGUGUCUCUUCCCUUGGGGAAAACCGGGUUCCACUUGGAGGCCAUGGUCUCUUCCUCCUCCUCCUCCGGGGGCAGGGCCUCGGCGAUGGUUGUUGCGUCCGCCGCGUCCACGCCGGCGGCGGAGACGCCCAACAAGAAGCGGUACCCUGGUGAGGCCAAGGGGUUCGUGGAGGAGAUGAGGUUCGUCGCCAUGAGGCUGCACACCAGGGACCAGGCCAAGGAAGGGGAGAAGGAGUCCGACGCGCAGCCUAUCGGCAAGUGGCAGCCCUCUAUCGAUGGGUACCUUAGGUUCCUAGUGGACAGCAAAUUGGUCUACGACACGCUGGACUCCAUCUUGGAGAAGGCGGUUUAUCCCUCAUGUGAGUCUCUAUUCUCCAUGCGACCCUCUUUUCAUUUCUUUUUCGUGACCUCUCGUGGACGGUACCCGCCUUAAUCUCUCUUUCAUCUUGUGACUUCACCUUUGCAUUAGCGGAUCGUGCUUCACCUUUGCAUCGCUGGUCUGAUUGCCGGGUUUCUGAUUUAUUAACUGGACCCCCUUCUCUCAUUUUGAUCGCGUGUUGCUACCUUCCUUGGGUGAAUUGCGCCUGAAUUCAAAUAGGAGCGUUAUAGUCUCAGACGGCAAAAAAAGAAAUACUUUGUCGCAUUGAUGGUGUUCGGUUACGUCUCGUUCAGUGUUUGACGGAUCGGUUUGGAAGAUUUACGUGACUCCUGGGUAAAAAAAACAGUGUUUAAGAUGCUUGGGGAAGGGGAGACGCCGGCGUGGCCCACAACAGUGAAGUAUCUGAACACUGCUGGAAUUUACGAGAGCUAUGAACUGUAAAAUGAACUUGAUCAAAUCGAGAAUUUUGAUUUUUCUUCCCUGGAGGGAACACGAAUUUUAUGCCGUGAGGCAAUUAAGAAACCUCCGGACGAUUCUUCUUCAAAUCCUGGUGGGUGUCUUCUGAUAUUCAGAUAUUCACCCUUGUGUUUCUCGGAUCCUGUGUAUGUAUCGAAAAAAUAAGAGGAUGCCUCCCUAUGAUGCAUCCUUCGCAAAGUUUUAGAAUGAUUUUGACUUGUUUUUCGCUCAGGUAAUCUGCCUUCAUACUAUUGAAUUGUGACCGACUGAGCCAAAAAAGGAAGAUUCUGAGAGCUAUUCGAGGAACUGAAAAUCCUGGCUCGCGUGAUGUCUGCUGUUCCUUUUAGAGUUAUCCUCGCCAGAACUCCGCUCAUAAACUGAUAGAUGAGAGCCCUCUUGGUUAGUGAUCCUCCGGAGAUGUGCUAUUUCACUCAAAUAAGAGUUGGGGCCAAUUUUCUAACAUAUGCAGUAGUAGUAAGUCCGAGGGGCCAGCGCCUCCUGGAUUUGUGUCUGAUGUCCCUACCUUCUUUCCUGUCGACUGGGGGCAUCCGUUGGGUAGUUGAAUUGUGGACUACAAUGUACCACGGAUCGUAUAGUUUGUGAAACAAGUUCAACUGGUGAAUACCUUGGCGAUAAUCUCUGUCACAUAUAGUCACAGCAUAAGUGAAUUUUAUUUCUCGGUGGGUAUCGCCCAGUAAACGACCAGUCAGUUUCAUACAUCAUCUGUUCCUCUGAUUCAUCUCUUGGUUCCAGUUUCUGCAAGAGCAUGAAAGCAUAGUCUAUUUCCUUAGCUUCUUUUUUCUCUCAGCUGUGGUCUGGUAGUUACUUCUUCCCCCAUCUAUCCACCAGUUACCACCAAGGUUCCAUCGUUUGGGAAUUUUGGACAUAUAAUUCUUUAUUUAAGGCAUUAUUAUCUCGAUUUAAUGCCCACUUUAUCCAUCCCGUCCCUUUGAGCGCGUCUCUUUGCGCCAAAAUCUGCUCUCGCGAGUCUAUCUCCUAGUUUCUCCAAUUCUUCUCGCAGAGCAUGGCUUUGUGGAUAGUUGCAUAAAAUCCAGAACGUUUCAUGUGCGCCUAAGAACAACACAUCUUUCAGCCUCCCAUCUCCACAAGUUUGCAUACUGACUAUGUGCAGUAAGGUUCUUCGUCGCCCUCACCCUAGAUGUGCAUGUAUCAGGACACUGACUUCGUACCCCGCAUAUUGCUUUCGACGAAUUACUGGUCCCAAUUCCCUCAAGUACUUCCCUGCACAUUUGUUCAUCAUGUGUUUGCGUUCUCUUUCUGAUCUCACAAGGUUUUGCUCUCUCUCUCUCUCUCUCUCUCUCUCUCUCUCUUGAAUAAAAUAUCAUGCCGUGCUUCUGGUGUUCGCCCAGGGACUUCCUUAUUCUCUCAGCUAGAGACAGCCAUCUUCGUCUGCUCUUUACCUGAUCUGCUCCUGGGGGAAACAACAUCUUCUUUCUGCCUUUUUUAUUGUUCGAUUUUCCCUCCACCUGAGGCGCCGACUACUCCCCCACAGAGAGUAGGCUACGGUCGAAGAGAAACUCUCGUAUUCUCUGCUGCCCGAUCCUCUUCUUCAAUCCCUUUGCCCCUUGAUGGUUUCUAUUGUCACUUCAAUCUGCGGACUGGGAUGCCAUCUGACAUCGAAUCGGGCUAGCCACUUAUUUUUGGAAGACCAUUAAGGAGCCUGAGUUUAACGACCCUGAAAGUGUUCCUCAGAUGCCAUUAACUCUUGUUAUAUAUGCCAAGCUCGAAUGUGGAUGCGAUUAUUUGAAUAUAUUAGAGGUUUCCGGUGUCUUCUCACGCGCCCUUGUUUUUUUUUUCAUGGAACGAAUGCUGCUUUAGAAUUUUCAGAACAUACUUCUUUAUAGUUUGAUCAAGUUUUAUGUUCUCGUCCAUGAGAGAAAACCAGGUCUGGCUCAGUAGAAUCACUACCAUCAUGGACGUGCGGGAUAUUAUCUUUGCAACUGAACCUUGAAUGAGCAUGUCGGGGAUAAUGGUUAAAUCUGAUCGUCUUCCCUGGUUGUGCAGAUGCCGAGUUCAGGAACACAGGGCUGGAGAGGUCGGAGAGUUUGGCAAAAGAUCUGGAAUGGUUCAAGAGUCAGGGGCAUGUGAUUCCGGAGCCAUCCUCCCCUGGGACUUCCUAUGCUAAAUAUCUCGAAGAGCUCUCAGACACAGACCCCCAGGCAUUUAUCUGCCACUUCUACAAUAUAUACUUUGCACAUUCUGCCGGUGGGCGUAUGAUCGGCAAAAAGGUUGGUCUACCCCUUGACUCGGUGGAUUGUUGACUCUAUAACUCGAUUAUCUUUCUGUUCUCGAGAUGUCGCAGAACUUUUAUAUUUGAUUAAAAAUCAGAACACGACGUUGAACGGCUGAUAUAAUUGAAUGGGAUAAAUUAAGAACAUUCUAAGUUUUGAGACAUCGUGGAUUUAAUUGGGGAUCAUCCUCAUCCUUUACCUCACUGGUGCAGCGAUUUGCAAAUAGACCGGAAAACUUGUAGUCAUCCCAUGCAGAGGAGCCCUGUGGUUGUCCUUUCCUUUGAACAAUCCAUGGGAAGCUGAUGUUUUGCUAUCUGUGGAUCGCCAUUUGGUUUCAGAUCGUAGAAUCUGAUGCGGCCAGUCCAAAAACAAUCUUCUUUUUCUUCUUUUUGGCAACGAGGGUUUAUAGAAAUCGAGCAAUCUCACUUACGGAACCAGCAUGAUUGCGUUAGCUUAGGGGUUUUAUCGUUCUGGGCGAUGUUUUUAUUAAUGCUGCGGGUGGUUGACCCAGUCGUCGCUGGUUCUUGCUUGUAUGUACAGGUGGCGGAGAAGAUUCUCGACGGCAGGGAGCUCGAGUUCUACAAGUGGGAUGGCGACCUCUCCCAACUGUUGCAGAACGUUCGAGAGAAGCUCAAUGCAGUCGCCACUGUAAAAUCUGAGGAACUCUCGUAACAAACAUCUCUGGAUCCCGGGCUGUGUCUAACCUGGGUCCGGAGAGAAGUUUGCAGGGAUGGUAAGAUGUUCGGCUCUCUCUCUAAUGAGUGCUCUCCUUUUGCCUCUCUCCAGGGCUGGUCGAGGGAAGAGAAGGACCACUGCUUGGACGAGACCGAGAAGUCCUUCAAAUGCUCGGGGGAGAUCCUCCGGCUGAUACUCUCUUGA